AGAGAGAGAGAGAGAGAGCGAGAGAGAGAGAGAGAGAGAGAAGUUAGUGGAGUGACGGGGGUCUCUUCAGGUGUUUGGAUCCAGUCAUGGCCGGGAGCUUAGAGAAAGUACCGAUCGCCUCUGCGGGACCGGAGGACCUGCAGCAGUUCAUGCCCCCGGCCUACUCCGCCGUUGCCGUGAAACCUGCAGCCACCGGCCGCCUCCUGAAGGCCGGCAUCGCGGUGCUGAUCGCCGGGGCUCUCCUGCUACUUCUGGGGGCCGUGGGAGCGUUUUACUUCUGGAACAACAAUGAAAAACAUGUCUACAACGUUCACUACAGCAUGAGCAUCAAUGGAAAGGUGGAGGAGGGCACAAUGGAGAUCGACUCAGCCAACAACAUGGAGAGAUUCAGCACGGGGAGCGGCGCUGACGAGGCCAUGGAGGUCCACGACUUUGAGAUCGGGAUCACAGGGAUCCGGUUUGCAGGAGGAGAGAAGUGCUACAUUAAGACGCAGGUGAAGGCCCGUCUGCCUGACGUGGAGGCCCUCAACAAGGACUCCAUGACAUUCGACUUGGAGGACGAGGUGAUGCCGGCCAAAUUUGAGGACGAUCUGAUCUGGGUGGCGGCUGACGCUCCCCUCUCGGACUCGGCUUUCCUCAGCAGUAAGAUAAAGGACCUGUGUGGAGAUCUGCCAAUCUUCUGGCUCCGUCCCACCUACUCAACCAGCGGCCAGAGGAAGAGGAGGGCUGUCGCCUCCCGCCAGCGCCGCCAGGCAGCUGUGGCCGGGGAGGAGGAAGAGGACGUGGAGGCAGAGUUCAACCCGGAGAACCCCUAUCAGAGAGGCUUGGAGGGGGAACAGGGCACCAUGAACAUUGACCCCAUGCUGGACCACCAGGGCAUAUGCUGCCAUGAGUGCAGACGUGGUUACACCCACUGCCAGAGGAUCUGCGAGCCGCUGGGAGGGUACCAUCCCUGGCCGUAUCACUACCAGGGCUGCAGGGUGGCCUGCAGAGUCAUCAUGCCCUGCAACUGGUGGGUGGCUCGCAUUAUGGGGCUGGUGUAGACGCAAACACCUGGGAGAUGGUGGAGUGGAGGGAGGAAAGAAGGGAGGGAUCAGGGUCCAGGGGAGGGGAUAUUAGGGAAAAAUUGAGGAAGAUGUUGGCUUGCACAAUGUGCAAGAUACAGAAUGUUGAUUCUUCUCAAAAGAACACGCAAAGGUAAAAAUAAAACAGGUCAGGCCAAUGACAUCUGUAUUGAAUCCAAAUAUUAAAAUGCCACAUUUACCUUCGGGGAGCAGAACAGCUUGUAUUUAUAGAAGUUAUUUUUCUUUUGCUUUAAUUCUUUGCUUUUCAUGUAAAUACACGUUUAGGUUGCAAACAUACUUUAAUAGCAGUCCGCUGACUUCAGUAGAACUGACUGUUUGAACUUCGUGUGAGAAUUAUUCCUUAAUUCUGCAAUUUUGUCUUUUUCCAAUGUUGCCUCCAUGAGUAGCUCUCAUUAAAACAAUGAACUGUACGCUUAUCGGACAAAUUUUCAUCUAAAUGCAUUUCUUUGUUUAUGCGUUGAAGGAUCUUUUUCAAAGUGCAAUAUCACUGAAUAAAACUUUUUUAAGUAAA